AUGGUACUGCCUACUGAGAGAUGGCUUCCCCUAGAAGUUCGUCUCCGUACUGCGCUCUCUCUCUAUGGGCUGACCUUGAGCAGGGUUAGGGCUUGUGGCAUGCUUUCGCCUUCCUUUGUGUUCUCCAGUGGAGUUCGACAAAGAUGCCCUUUCUCACCCUUUCUAUUCAACUUUGCCAUUGAGGAUGUCUUGAAGAACGCUCUGGGCGAUUCGUUGAACGCUGCCGUUGAGCUUCUCCCAGGUAGUCGAGUUGUUGAUUUGGACUAUGCUGGUGAAAUCAUCUUGCUGGGUGACGAUCCACACAUCGUACAACUUGCACUAAACCGCUUGGCGAUUGAAGCAUCAAAGUAUGCUAUGUACUUUUCGCCAUCCAAAUUCAAGGCUCUCUUCCAAGGCUGGUAG